AUGAACGCCGACGACCUUGUCCACCCCGAGGUUGACAAUUACCCCUCUUGGAACUACGUCCAUAGGAACGGAUUGGCUGUUGUAUGCUGCAACAACAUGCGGAAGGAUAAUAUACUCCCAACGCAGCAUCAGAUGAAGUGGAGUGAUCUGAUUACUAUAAGCUGUGUUGCUGUGUUGGCAGAAGAGGGUGUGCCCGCAGACGCGAUGAAGAAUUGUUUGGCCAUAUGGCGAAACAAUAUCAUCGAUACGGACAUGACGCGUCUUAUCAGGUAA